AUGAACUUGGCGCAAGCUUCUCCUAAAGCAGUACCAAUACCAGAGAGUCCCGUACAGCCCAAAGCUAUAGAGUUACCACCGCUUCCCAUUCCAACCUUCGAUGGGGAUAUAUGGGAGUGGGAUAACUUCUGGGAGAUUUUCGAUAGCAACAUCAAUUCGAAGGACCUCCCCUGA